CAAUGCAACUCUGCAGUCUUUCCAGGACGCCCAAAAGCACAGCUGCUUCACCAACGGCUCCUCAUGCAACAUCAGCUCACUUCAGUGUGGUCAGCACUACAACAUCAGUGUUACAGGAUACGGCCAGAACUGUUCAACCUGUUCUAAACCCCUGGUCACUCUAGACACAGCUCCAUGUGUUCCCACUCAAGUCAAUGUGUCAAUAUCCUGUGGGUCUGACACUGCGUCGGUUUCCUGGGCAGCAUCUAGUGGCCUUGUUUCCAACUAUAUAGUAACAGCUGAAGGUGAUAAUGGAAUUACGCACACAUGCAACUCCAGCAGCACUUCCUGUAACAUCAGCGGCCUGGCGUGUGGUCAGGCGUACAACGUGUCAGUCACAGCUAUGAGCGUCGACUGCACUGGGCAACGUAGCGAAGUGCGUCGUGUCAAAACUGCACCCUGUGCUCCUCAGUCUGUGGUCAGUCAGCUCUUAGACUGCCAAACAGGGGAUGUUCAAGUAAGCUGGCAGUCGAGUAACGGGGCGCAGAUCUACUAUGCUCAAGCUAAAUCAACUGACAAGGUUCUGGCGUGUAACUCCACCUCCACAUCCUGCGUAAUCGCUGCAAUUGGCUGUGGACAGACAUACAAUAUCACUGUGUCUGCAGAGGGCAACGGCUGUCGCUCCAACAGUGUGACCAGUCAGGUCACGGCAGCCCCAUGCCCUCCACUGAAUAUCCAGUCCAGAAUGAACUGUGGAAACAACUCAGCGAGUGUGUCCUGGUCCCGUGGCAAUGGAGAACUGUCCUUUUUGACAACACUUGAAUGCUCUAAUGGACAGACGUAUUUGUGCAGGACCAAUGAAACAGGAUGUGACAUCACUAACAUGAUGUGUGGACAAACUUGCUCGGUUAAAUUAGUGGCAGAGGGACGUUCAUGUAACAGCUCUGUACGCACUGGAUCACCAAUCAUAACAGCACCAUGUCCUAAUACUGGCAUUCAAGCCAGACUGGAUUGCCGCACCAACUCAGCACUCAUUUCUUGGACACCGGGCAAUGGUACACUAAGUUCCAAUGCAACACUGCAGUCUUUCCAGGACGCCCAAAAGCACAGCUGCUUCACCAACGGCUCCUCAUGCAACAUCAGCUCACUUCAGUGUGGUCAGCACUACAACAUCAGUGUUACAGGAUACGGCCAGAACUGUUCAACCUGUUCUAAACCCCUGGUCACUCUAGACACAGCUCCAUGUGUUCCCACUCAAGUCAAUGUGUCAAUAUCCUGUGGGUCUGAAACUGCGUCGGUUUCCUGGGCAGCAUCUAGUGGCCUUGUUUCCAACUAUAUAGUAACAGCUGAAGGUGAUAAUGGAAUUACGCACACAUGCAACUCCAGCAGCACUUCCUGUAACAUCAGCGGCCUGGCGUGUGGUCAGGCGUACAACGUGUCAGUCACAGCUAUGAGCGUCGACUGCACUGGGCAACGUAGCGAAGUGCGUCGUGUCCAAACUGCACCCUGUGCUCCUCAGUCUGUGGUCAGUCAGCUCUUAGACUGCCAAACAGGGGAUGUUCAAGUAAGCUGGCAGUCGAGUAACGGGGCGCAGAUCUACUAUGCUCAAGCUAAAUCAACUGACAAGGUUCUGGCGUGUAACUCCACCUCCACAUCCUGCGUAAUCGCUGCAAUUGGCUGUGGACAGACAUACAAUAUCACUGUGUCUGCAGAGGGCAACGGCUGUCGCUCCAACAGUGUGACCAGUCAGGUCACGGCAGCCCCAUGCCCUCCACUGAAUAUCCAGUCCAGAAUGAACUGUGGAAACAACUCAGCGAGUGUGUCCUGGUCCCGUGGCAAUGGAGAACUGUCCUUUUUGACAACACUUGAAUGCUCUAAUGGACAGACGUAUUUGUGCAGGACCAAUGAAACAGGAUGUGACAUCACUAACAUGAUGUGUGGACAAACUUGCUCGGUUAAAUUAGUGGCAGAGGGACGUUCAUGUAACAGCUCUGUACGCACUGGAUCACCAAUCAUAACAGCACCAUGUCCUAAUACUGGCAUUCAAGCCAGACUGGAUUGCCGCACCAACUCAGCACUCAUUUCUUGGACACCGGGCAAUGGUACACUAAGUUCCAAUGCAACACUGCAGUCUUUCCAGGACGCCCAAAAGCACAGCUGCUUCACCAACGGCUCCUCAUGCAACAUCAGCUCACUUCAGUGUGGUCAGCACUACAACAUCAGUGUUACAGGAUACGGCCAGAACUGUUCAACCUGUUCUAAACCCCUGGUCACUCUAGACACAGCUCCAUGUGUUCCCACUCAAGUCAAUGUGUCAUUAUCCUGUGGGUCUGAAACUGCGUCGGUUUCCUGGGCAGCAUCUAGUGGCCUUGUUUCCAACUAUAUAGUAACAGCUGAAGGUGAUAAUGGAAUUACGCACACAUGCAACUCCAGCAGCACUUCCUGUAACAUCAGCGGCCUGGCGUGUGGUCAGGUGUACAACGUGUCAGUCACAGCUAUGAGCGUCGACUGCACUGGGCAACGUAGCGAAGUGCGUCGUGUCAAUACUGCACCCUGUGCUCCUCAGUCUGUGGUCAGUCAGCUCUUAGACUGCCAAACAGGGGAUGUUCAAGUUCGCUGGCAGUCGAGUAACGGGGCGCAGAUUUACUAUGCUCAAGCUAAAUCAACUGACAAGGUUCUGGCGUGUAACUCCACCUCCACAUCCUGCGUAAUCGCUGCAAUUGGCUGUGGACAGACAUACAAUAUCACUGUGUCUGCAGAGGGCAACGGCUGUCGCUCCAACAGUGUGACCAGUCAGGUCACGGCAGCACCAUGUCCUAAUACUGGCAUUCAAGCCAGACUGGAUUGCCGCACCAACUCAGCACUCAUUUCUUGGACACCGGGCAAUGGUACACUAAGUUCCAAUGCAACACUGCAGUCUUUCCAGGACGCCCAAAAGCACAGCUGCUUCACCAACGGCUCCUCAUGCAACAUCAGCUCACUUCAGUGUGGUCAGCACUACAACAUCAGUGUUACAGGAUACGGCCAGAACUGUUCAACCUGUUCUAAACCCCUGGUCACUCUAGACACAGCUCCAUGUGUUCCCACUCAAGUAAAUGUAUCAUUAUCCUGUGGGUCUGACACUGCGUCGGUUUCCUGGGCAGCAUCUAGUGGCCUUGUUUCCAACUAUAUAGUAACAGCUGAAGGUGAUAAUGGAAUUACGCACACAUGCAACUCCAGCAGCACUUCCUGUAACAUCAGCGGCCUGGCGUGUGGUCAGGCGUACAACGUGUCAGUCACAGCUAUGAGCGUCGACUGCACUGGGCAACGUAGCGAAGUGCGUCGUGUCCAAACUGCACCCUGUGCUCCUCAGUCUGUGGUCAGUCAGCUCUUAGACUGCCAAACAGGGGAUGUUCAAGUAAGCUGGCAGUCGAGUAACGGGGCGCAGAUCUACUAUGCUCAAGCUAAAUCAACUGACAAGGUUCUGGCGUGUAACUCCACCUCCACAUCCUGCGUAAUCGCUGCAAUUGGCUGUGGACAGACAUACAAUAUCACUGUGUCUGCAGAGGGCAACGGCUGUCGCUCCAACAGUGUGACCAGUCAGGUCACGGCAGCCCCAUGCCCUCCACUGAAUAUCCAGUCCAGAAUGAACUGUGGCAACAACUCAGCGAGUGUGUCCUGGUCCCGUGGCAAUGGAGAACUGUCCUUUUUGACAACACUUGAAUGCUCUAAUGGACAGACGUAUUUGUGCAGGACCAAUGAAACAGGAUGUGACAUCACUAACAUGAUGUGUGGACAAACUUGCUCGGUUAAAUUAGUGGCAGAGGGACGUUCAUGCAACAGCUCUGUACGCACUGGAUCACCAAUCAUAACAGCACCAUGUCCUAAUACUGGCAUUCAAGCCAGACUGGAUUGCCGCACCAACUCAGCACUCAUUUCUUGGACACCGGGCAAUGGUACACUAAGUUCCAAUGCAACACUGCAGUCUUUCCAGGACGCCCAAAAGCACAGCUGCUUCACCAACGGCUCCUCAUGCAACAUCAGCUCACUUCAGUGUGGUCAGCACUACAACAUCAGUGUUACAGGAUACGGCCAGAACUGUUCAACCUGUUCUAAACCCCUGGUCACUCUAGACACAGCUCCAUGUGUUCCCACUCAAGUCAAUGUGUCAAUAUCCUGUGGGUCUGAAACUGCGUCGGUUUCCUGGGCAGCAUCUAGUGGCCUUGUUUCCAACUAUAUAGUAACAGCUGAAGGUGAUAAUGGAAUUACGCACACAUGCAACUCCAGCAGCACUUCCUGUAACAUCAGCGGCCUGGCGUGUGGUCAGGCGUACAACGUGUCAGUCACAGCUAUGAGCGUCGACUGCACUGGGCAACGUAGCGAAGUGCGUCGUGUCCAAACUGCACCCUGUGCUCCUCAGUCUGUGGUCAGUCAGCUCUUAGACUGCCAAACAGGGGAUGUUCAAGUAAGCUGGCAGUCGAGUAACGGGGCGCAGAUCUACUAUGCUCAAGCUAAAUCAACUGACAAGGUUCUGGCGUGUAACUCCACCUCCACAUCCUGCGUAAUCGCUGCAAUUGGCUGUGGACAGACAUACAAUAUCACUGUGUCUGCAGAGGGCAACGGCUGUCGCUCCAACAGUGUGACCAGUCAGGUCACGGCAGCCCCAUGCCCUCCACUGAAUAUCCAGUCCAGAAUGAACUGUGGAAACAACUCAGCGAGUGUGUCCUGGUCCCGUGGCAAUGGAGAACUGUCCUUUUUGACAACACUUGAAUGCUCUAAUGGACAGACGUAUUUGUGCAGGACCAAUGAAACAGGAUGUGACAUCACUAACAUGAUGUGUGGACAAACUUGCUCGGUUAAAUUAGUGGCAGAGGGACGUUCAUGUAACAGCUCUGUACGCACUGGAUCACCAAUCAUAACAGCACCAUGUCCUAAUACUGGCAUUCAAGCCAGACUGGAUUGCCGCACCAACUCAGCACUCAUUUCUUGGACACCGGGCAAUGGUACACUAAGUUCCAAUGCAACACUGCAGUCUUUCCAGGACGCCCAAAAGCACAGCUGCUUCACCAACGGCUCCUCAUGCAACAUCAGCUCACUUCAGUGUGGUCAGCACUACAACAUCAGUGUUACAGGAUACGGCCAGAACUGUUCAACCUGUUCUAAACCCCUGGUCACUCUAGACACAGCUCCAUGUGUUCCCACUCAAGUCAAUGUGUCAAUAUCCUGUGGGUCUGAAACUGCGUCGGUUUCCUGGGCAGCAUCUAGUGGCCUUGUUUCCAACUAUAUAGUAACAGCUGAAGGUGAUAAUGGAAUUACGCACACAUGCAACUCCAGCAGCACUUCCUGUAACAUCAGCGGCCUGGCGUGUGGUCAGGCGUACAACGUGUCAGUCACAGCUAUGAGCGUCGACUGCACUGGGCAACGUAGCGAAGUGCGUCGUGUCCAAACUGCACCCUGUGCUCCUCAGUCUGUGGUCAGUCAGCUCUUAGACUGCCAAACAGGGGAUGUUCAAGUAAGCUGGCAGUCGAGUAACGGGGCGCAGAUCUACUAUGCUCAAGCUAAAUCAACUGACAAGGUUCUGGCGUGUAACUCCACCUCCACAUCCUGCGUAAUCGCUGCAAUUGGCUGUGGACAGACAUACAAUAUCACUGUGUCUGCAGAGGGCAACGGCUGUCGCUCCAACAGUGUGACCAGUCAGGUCACGGCAGCCCCAUGCCCUCCACUGAAUAUCCAGUCCAGAAUGAACUGUGGAAACAACUCAGCGAGUGUGUCCUGGUCCCGUGGCAAUGGAGAACUGUCCUUUUUGACAACACUUGAAUGCUCUAAUGGACAGACGUAUUUGUGCAGGACCAAUGAAACAGGAUGUGACAUCACUAACAUGAUGUGUGGACAAACUUGCUCGGUUAAAUUAGUGGCAGAGGGACGUUCAUGUAACAGCUCUGUACGCACUGGAUCACCAAUCAUAACAGCACCAUGUCCUAAUACUGGCAUUCAAGCCAGACUGGAUUGCCGCACCAACUCAGCACUCAUUUCUUGGACACCGGGCAAUGGUACACUAAGUUCCAAUGCAACACUGCAGUCUUUCCAGGACGCCCAAAAGCACAGCUGCUUCACCAACGGCUCCUCAUGCAACAUCAGCUCACUUCAGUGUGGUCAGCACUACAACAUCAGUGUUACAGGAUACGGCCAGAACUGUUCAACCUGUUCUAAACCCCUGGUCACUCUAGACACAGCUCCAUGUGUUCCCACUCAAGUCAAUGUGUCAAUAUCCUGUGGGUCUGAAACUGCGUCGGUUUCCUGGGCAGCAUCUAGUGGCCUUGUUUCCAACUAUAUAGUAACAGCUGAAGGUGAUAAUGGAAUUACGCACACAUGCAACUCCAGCAGCACUUCCUGUAACAUCAGCGGCCUGGCGUGUGGUCAGGCGUACAACGUGUCAGUCACAGCUAUGAGCGUCGACUGCACUGGGCAACGUAGCGAAGUGCGUCGUGUCAAAACUGCACCCUGUGCUCCUCAGUCUGUGGUCAGUCAGCUCUUAGACUGCCAAACAGGGGAUGUUCAAGUAAGCUGGCAGUCGAGUAACGGGGCGCAGAUCUACUAUGCUCAAGCUAAAUCAACUGACAAGGUUCUGGCGUGUAACUCCACCUCCACAUCCUGCGUAAUCGCUGCAAUUGGCUGUGGACAGACAUACAAUAUCACUGUGUCUGCAGAGGGCAACGGCUGUCGCUCCAACAGUGUGACCAGUCAGGUCACGGCAGCCCCAUGCCCUCCACUGAAUAUCCAGUCCAGAAUGAACUGUGGAAACAACUCAGCGAGUGUGUCCUGGUCCCGUGGCAAUGGAGAACUGUCCUUUUUGACAACACUUGAAUGCUCUAAUGGACAGACGUAUUUGUGCAGGACCAAUGAAACAGGAUGUGACAUCACUAACAUGAUGUGUGGACAAACUUGCUCGGUUAAAUUAGUGGCAGAGGGACGUUCAUGCAACAGCUCUGUACGCACUGGAUCACCAAUCAUAACAGCACCAUGUCCUAAUACUGGCAUUCAAGCCAGACUGGAUUGCCGCACCAACUCAGCACUCAUUUCUUGGACACCGGGCAAUGGUACACUAAGUUCCAAUGCAACUCUGCAGUCUUUCCAGGACGCCCAAAAGCACAGCUGCUUCACCAACGGCUCCUCAUGCAACAUCAGCUCACUUCAGUGUGGUCAGCACUACAACAUCAGUGUUACAGGAUACGGCCAGAACUGUUCAACCUGUUCUAAACCCCUGGUCACUCUAGACACAGCUCCAUGUGUUCCCACUCAAGUCAAUGUGUCAAUAUCCUGUGGGUCUGAAACUGCGUCGGUUUCCUGGGCAGCAUCUAGUGGCCUUGUUUCCAACUAUAUAGUAACAGCUGAAGGUGAUAAUGGAAUUACGCACACAUGCAACUCCAGCAGCACUUCCUGUAACAUCAGCGGCCUGGCGUGUGGUCAGGCGUACAACGUGUCAGUCACAGCUAUGAGCGUCGACUGCACUGGGCAACGUAGCGAAGUGCGUCGUGUCAAAACUGCUCCUUGUGUGCCACAAAACGUGUCGGCCAAUGUCACCUGUAGUAGCAACAUAGCAAAGGUAACCUGGGCAAGCAGCCAAGGGGCGGAGCUUUACUCAGUGACAGCCAGCAGUGUCAAUGGCCUCUCAGCUAACUGCACCUCAGCCUCCACCUCCUGUGACCUUUUAACUUUGACCUGCGGACAGUCUUAUACGAUCACAGUGAAGGCCAAAGGCAGCAACUGUAGCAGUGGGAACAGUGCACCAGUUCAGGUCCAGACAGUGCCAUGUGUACCUGGUCAUGUGCAGGGCAGAGUAAACUGUACGACUGGAGAUGUGUCUUUAUCCUGGGAUCGAAGCGUGGGUGCCGUUUCCUACACGGCAGUUGCUUGGAGUAGCGGUGGCUAUGCUUCAACGUGUAACAGCACUGGAACAGCAUGUGUCUUCUCAGACCUGCUCUGUGGGAUGAACUAUAGUUUGGCUGUCAGCGCGAGUGACAGUAGCUGCCGCACUGCACCGACCCAACCAGUUGUGCUGAACACAGUGUCCUGUAAGCCACAGAAUGCUAGCGCCCUGCUCAACUGCGACACCAACUCUGCUGUUGUAACUUGGGAGCUCACUGAUAACCUCACGCAUCACACGGUGCAGGCUGUUGGUUCUGACGGACAUCGCAUCAACUGCACGAGCUCUGACCACAGUUGCACACUAUCCGGAAUCCACUGUGGCCAGAGAUAUAACCUAACCGUGACUGCCAUGGAUGGAGUAUGUGACAACAGCAACACAUACCUCACUCUGCAGUCAGCUCCAUGUGCACCUAGCAAUGUUCAGACAUCUUUGCUUUGCGACAUCAACAAUGGUAGUGUUGUGUCUGUGUCGUGGGUACAAGCCAACGGGGCGGAGGCAUUCAUGGCUGUGGCCGUGUCUAAUGAUGGCCAUUCCUACUCUUGUAACACCACCACUUUCUCCUGUAAUCUGAAAGAACUGCAGUGUGGUCAGAAUUAUAAUGUUUCCGUCUACUCAAUGGCCAGUGGCUGCGGGGGCGUGAAGAGUACUAUGUCUCAAGUGCAAACAGCUCCAUGUCCACCUCACAACGUAUCUGCAAAUGUGCAGUGUGAUUCAGGGUCUGUGCUGGUGAGCUGGAGCCCAGCAGUGGAUGCCAGCCAAUUCAGAGUGGAAAUGGAGUCCGAGAUCACUGGUGUGAUUUCCUCCUGUAACAGCACAAACACGCAGUGCUCCAUCACACAUCUGCCCUGUGGAGAGAGCUUCAACAUCAGUGUGGUGGCACUGAGGGGCAGCUGUCAGAGUCAAGCAAGCAGUAGCUUCAACAUCGCCUCAGCUCCAUGUGCCCCACAGGGGGUUAAUGGUACCGUGGACUGUGUCACUAACUCCGCAUGGGUAUCAUGGGAAGUGGAUAAGGGAGUGGAGUCUUACACGGUGCUGGCUGUUGGGGACGACGGUCUCAAUACCACAUGUUCCAGCGCAAACUCCACCUGUAAUGUGCCUGACCUUGGUUGUGGAAAGAGCUACACCUUCCAAGUCACUGCUUCAAACGGUGCCUGCCUGAGCCCACCCAGCAACAGCCUUCAGCUGGAGACAGCACCUUGUGCCUUGUCAUCCAUCGUGGUGGUGGCUGAAUGCCAAAGUUCUGUUAUCAUGGUACAGUGGCAGAGGGCACGCAGAGGAAAUUCCCUUUACAUUGUCACAGCAGAGGACCAAGACCGUGCCUUCAUUUCCUGCAAUAGCUCCACCUCUUCCUGCAACCUUACCAAUGUGCAGUGCGGCAAAGAGUACACCAUCAUUGUGGCUGCUUCGGCCAACCAAUGCAGCAGCCUUCGCAGCCCACCCUACAAGAUCAGAACCGCGCCCUGUCAGCCCUCACAAGUACAGGCCUAUGCAGACUGUGAGUCAAAGGCCGUGUUUGUGUCAUGGGAGCCAUCUUACGUGGCACAGUCAUACCUGCUUACUGCAGUCAGCAGAGAUGGAGACUUAAAGACAUGCAAUACCUCGUACAAUAACUGCACACUAACUGACAUGCAAUGCAGCAACACCUACAAUGUGUCCGUUUUAGCCAGUAAUGAAAACUGCACCAGUGUGCCAAGUACUAACGUCACAUUCAAAACAGUGCCAUGUGCGCCAACUAAUGUGACUGCAAACAUACAGUGCGGGAACAGUAGUGCCUCCUUGUCAUGGGUGGGGAGUACAGGGGCAGUGGCCUACGUGGGAAUUGCCCAGUCAGAAAAUGCCUCAAAGGUCUACUGCCAGAACACGGAGACUUCCUGUUCUUUGAUGGGCUUAGUAUGCGGCACCGUUUACAACUUUACAGUGCAGGCAACAGAUGGCACCUGCAACAGUUCCUUGAGUAAACCUCAAAUUGGUGGAGCAGCUCCCUGUCCUCCAGCUGGGUUGAGGGUUGUCCCUCGUACAGUAGUGAAUGACACUCAGAUCUUGAGGGCGUCCUGGUCCACCGUGAGUUGCCCUAAUUCUGAAUACCUCUUUGGACUCAAGGGCAGCAUUCAAGGCAACAGCCAGGCACUCUUUGAUCUCGCCUCCUAUUGGACAAGUCGCACCUUCUUUGAGAUGCCUCUACCUUGUGGCUCCUCCUACAGCGCAACCAUCAGGGCGAGGAACUCUGCCGCCUCAAGCGCCGAGUCUGUUGCGGUCACUGGAACCACAGUACCUUGUGCCCCUCUAAAUGUGACAUUCUCUGCAUCAUCGGCGGUAGUGGCAUGGCAAGAGUCUUUAUUUGCUACGAACUACACCGCGUAUGGGGUCACUUCCUCUGGUAGGAUGAAGCUCUGUAUGACCUCACAGCUCCUCUGCUCCAUCACCAGUUUCAGUAGCGGCCACAUUGUCGUAACUGCCCACAAUGCUGCUGGACAAAGUGAAGACUCAGUGCCUGUUUUAGUGACAGCCGUUCGCAGGAGGUGAGACCUGGCUAGAAAGCAGAUAGGCCUGCACAACUCUGAGUGAAUGCAUCUCAUCGCACUCAAACUCUUGCCUUUGACAUUUUUCCUAAAAUCUUUGAUACUUUUGCAUGUUACAUAUAUUCCAGUGCAAGGUUCAUUUUUUUCCCCACAAAAUGUAUGGGUGGAAUAGAUUGACAGGGUAAAAUAUGUGUUAACAUGGUUUCUUUUUAAAUGUUUUCCAAAAUCUUUUUUUUUCUUUGGCUGAAGGAUUUACUUUUAUGAAUGCCAAAUAUUUAAAGCCUAUAUAUAUAUAUAUAUAUAUACACACAUUCCUGUUUUUGUAUAUGACUAAAGUUAUUAAACAGAGCAUUUCUCCAUGUAUUCAGUCUUAUAAAUUAUGACAUGUAAAGCACAUGUAAAAUAAAUUUACCAUACACAAAACAUCUACUGUUCAAAUAAAAUGAAUGUUCUUAUUAUGAGCUGA